AUGUGUCAACAUUUACAUCAAUAUUUUAGCAAUAACGCUGUACCUCCUGCAAAUCGAUUGUUGCUGACGUUAAGGUUUUAUGCAACAGGCAACAUGUUGUUGGCCAUUGCAGAUUUUGCUGGAGUGAGUGUACAAUUGGCAUCUACGGUAGUGCACGACGUCAGCUGUGCCAUUGCCAAUUUAAGGCCAAGGUAUUGUAAAAUGCCGGAGGGUGAAGAAGUAAUUGCUGCCCAAAGGGAAUUUUAUGAUAUUGCACGAUUUCCGUGUGUGAUUGGUGCAAUUGAUUGUACCCAUGUCCGUAUGCAAUCCCCAGGUGGAGAAUUUGCAGAAAAUUUUAGAAACCGAAAAGGUUAUUUUUCCAUUAAUGUGCAAACUGUGUCGGAUACUAAUAUGCGUAUUUUAGAUAUUGUAGCCAGGUGGCCAGGCUCAACGCAUGAUCAAACAAUUUUUAAUAAUAGUUGCCUUAAACACCGUUUAGAAAUUGGCCAGUUUCGAAACGGACUUUUAUUAGGAGAUGGUGGAUACCAAAACAAGAAUUAUUUGUUGGUACCGAUAGACCAACCACAGCGGGAAGCGGAAAGACUCUACAAUGAGUCUCAAAUUAGAACAAGAAAUGUUGUUGAACGCCAAUAUGGCACAUGGAAAAGAAUGUUCCAAGUGCUGCGGUUAGAACUAAGAAUUUUUUUUAAAUUUUGA